AUGCCAUAUCCUUGCAAGGGCGGAGUUUCUGUUACUUUCAAGAUCCAGCAGUGGUUGAAAAAGAGUAAGAAAAGGGAUACUAGACUGUCGGUUGCUGAGCAGUCAAUAUUGGCACUGAUCCCUCGCCAAGUUGGAGAUCGGAGUGAAGGAGAGAGCCGAGCGAGACACAAAAGCCUGCCCAGAAAUACCGCCGAGAAAGCCAAGAGGCGGAGGACACGCAAGUUUCCUCCUAACGUCUUGGAUACGCGGCCAGCUGUUUCUCCGCUCGAAUCCUCAGAAGUUCCCUUCUUGGCUUCACAACGAAGUAACUCAGUCAACGGACGACAGAGAUUGACAAUAGCAGCAAGCCGGGAAGCAGGCGAUGAUGCCAUAAUCUGCAGAUUUGCUGGGAUUGACCCCACAUUCUAUACGUGUUUCUGGAACUGCAUCAGAACCCUUGACAAGGGGCAGGAGGCGACUAUCUUGAAAAUGCAAGUAGCUGGCCAGAUUGGGAAAUUGGCCAUUUACACUUCUCGAUACGAGAGUGCUUAUGAGACGGCUGCUGCUUCAUCGUUGACUCUCGGAAACUUUCCAGAUCGGGCUGGGUUUGCCCGUCCACUGGAUACCCAAAGCGGUAUGCGGCGCCCCACACCAGCACUAGACCUAAAACAGCAUGGUGACGCUAUCGCGGGUUACCUACCUGAACAGACAGUUGCUUUGCUAGUUGAGGCGUGUGUGUCUAUGGACAUGGGCAGGCAGCUGACGGACGGACAGAUGAUCGAAGUGGUCGAUUCAUCAGCUGAGUGGACCGGUCGUCCUCCAAUGCUGUUCGCGGAUGACAAAACUGCCCGGCUAGACGGCACCGGCAGCUGCUUUUUUUCUCCUCUCCUCGGUGACAACUGA